AUGUCAAUGAUUAUUAAAACAUUCUUUGCUACAUAUAUUAAAAAAAAAUGCAAUGAAAGAUUUAUAUCACAAAUAAAAAGGCAUGUAACAUUGUAUCAAUAUAGCACUCAGAUUAAAUCAGAACGACCGAUUUUUUAUAAAUCGAAUAAAUGGGAAGCAAUUAUUGGAUUAGAAAUUCAUGCACAAUUAAAUUCAAAGACAAAAUUAUUUUCUUUAAUUGAUGCUGCAUUUCCGGGAACACUUCCGCGAUUAAAUGCUAAAUGCAUUGAACUUGCUGUCAUGGCAUCAUUAGCGUUAUCAGGAAAUGUUCAACUAGUAUCUUCAUUCGAUCGCAAGCAAUAUUUUUAUCCUGAUUUACCAUCUGGUUAUCAGAUAACUCAACAUUAUGCACCAAUAUCUCUUGGUGGUAAGGUCUUUUUAAAUCAUUUAGACGGAUUAGAAUAUGAUGCUGUGGUUAGAGUCAAACAGAUUCAACUUGAACAGGAUACAGGCAAAAGCAUUCAUGAUAUUAUACCUGGUAUGACUUUGAUUGAUUUAAAUCGAGCAGGGACUGGAUUAAUAGAAAUUGUUACUGAACCAGAUAUAAGGACAUCAAAAGAAGCAGGUUUAACUGUUAGAAAGUUACAAUCAAUACUUCGGGCAAUUGGAUCUUCAGAUGGCAACAUGGAAGAGGGUUCAUUACGAUGUGAUGUCAAUGUUUCUGUGCAUGAACAUGGAACACCAUAUGGAACCAGAUGUGAAAUUAAAAAUUUGAAUAGUAUUAAGUUUUUGAUGACAGCCAUUGAUGCAGAGAUAGAAAGGCAGAUAAAUGAACUAGAAAAUGGUAAUAAUAUCGAACAAGAAACCAGAGGAUUUGAUGUAUCAAAAAAUCAAACAUUUAGAUUAAGAACAAAAGAAACUGCUACUGAUUAUAGAUAUAUGCCUGAACCAGACUUGCCACCAUUAAUAUUAAACAAGGAUUAUAUCUCACGAAUAUUGAAUGAUUUACCCGAAUUACCGGACGAACUUAAAACAAGAAUAAUGAAGCAGUACUGUAUUCCAUUACAUGACGCUAUAGUAUUAAUGAAUGAAAUCGGUGGUGUAAAAUAUUUUGAGGAGGCAGUAAAAAAUCGUAAUUCACAGCAUGUUUCAAAUUGGAUUAUACACGAAUUAUUUGGACUUCUUCACGCAAAAAACAUCAAGUUUUCUCAGAAUCCAGUGUCAGCACUUCAACUAGGUUCUGUCGUUGAUUGUGUUGAUAAUGGUGAUAUUACAGGAAAAGUUGGAAAAAAGAUUCUUGAAAAAAUGAUUGCUGGAGAUUCAAGAUUGGCUUCUGCGAUAAUUCAAGAGGAAGGCUUGAGACAAUUAAAUGAUAUUAGCGAACUUAAAAAAAUCUGUCAAGAGGUUAUUUUACAAAAUCCUGAACAGUUAAUAUCUCUCAGAGAAGGAAAACAAGCUGUUUUUUCUUGGUUCGUAGGACAAUAUAUCGAUAUGCGAGAGCAGCUUAAAGUGCAUCACAAAAUGGCUGAACCUGAAAAAUCAACCGUCUUACCUAUAACGCCGGUUUCAGAAUUACAACAUAAACCUUUUCCAAAAACUGCAGCCUGUUUAGUGAUUGGUGAUGAAAUUCUCAAUGGAAAAACUGCUGAUACUAACUCUGGAUUCUUUGCCAAAUAUUGUUUCAACCUUGGGAUUGAUUUGAAAAGAAUUGAAGUUAUUCCAGAUGAGGAAGAAGUAAUGGCUUUUUUUCUCUUUCCUUACUCUGUAAGACGACUCAGCAGUAAUUUUGAUUUUGUAGUUACUAGUGGUGGUAUAGGUUCAACUCAUGAUGAUAUAACGUAUUCAUCAAUUGCUCAUGCGUUUAAUCUUCCAUUAAAUUAUCACCAACCAACAAUGGACCGAAUGGCAGAAUUUGUUAAAAAUACACCUCAAAUGAAAGUAUUUAGGAAUGAAACCAAAAAAGCUAUAGAAGCACGUAAACGAAUGGUUUUAUUUCCACAACCAUCUUUGGUUAUUUAUCCUGACGAAAAGCUUUGGGUUCCAAUAGUUAUUGUUAAUAACAAUGUUCAUAUUUUACCUGGUAUUCCAAGUUUAUUCAGAGGAUUAUUAUCAGGAUAUCGCAAGUAUCUUAAUGGAGGAGAAACGUUUGUGAGAAGGUUUAUUAAAACCUAUCAACCUGAAUCAUUUAUCGCACCAGUUCUAACCGAAUUCCAAGAGAAAUUAAAAGAUUUUGGAAUAAAAAUUGGUAGUUACCCAAAAUUGACUAAGGAUAAAACUUGGGUUGUAGUAGUGAGUCUUUUGGCUAGAGAAACCAGUCCACAAGUUGUAGAAAAAAUUGAACAGGCAGCAAAAGAAAUAGCAGAAAAAAUUGGUGGUUUAAUAAUUAUUGAAGAUUCAGAAAGUGAAAUUAUUGAAGAUUCAGAAAGUGAAAUUACUGAAUUUGAAAAACUUAAUAAGAAUAGUAAGCUUUAG